GAAACUAUUCGUUUAUUGCCUCCUUGGCCUUGUGUAUUUCAUAUAUACACACGCCCCAUUGAAGAGAUGGAUACUGUACACUUACAUCCUUCAUACACCGAAUUCUACGGCCAGCCGGUGAAGAGACACCGGCUGGAUGCCAACCAUCUGCCCAACAGGGCACAGAAUCAUCUAUGGACACAACAUGUCCAUCGGGUUGCGUAUGGCUACCCAUCAAGCCAACCUCGACCAUCACCGGGCAUCCGAUCGCCAAAGCCCAAGAGAUCCACCUUCCCACUGCACUUGGUGCAAGAGAUCUUCCUCACAUGGGAGAAGGUGGAUCUAGAAGACCCUGAAGAGAUGCCGGAGGAGCUCGAGAUCAUACUUCCGGUUCAAAUGUCGGAUCCAGAGAGCCCGGCGAGGGAGAGCGUCUUUACAGAGGUGAUGGACGUGUCGUGGUGUCCGCCAGAAGAGGUGGAAGCUGGUGGCAUGGAGAAGGAACCCGUGGCAAAGGUCGAAAGAAUAUUUGAUGAAGAUGAAGCUAUUCGAUGUUCUUGUGUAGAUGUAGAUCAGGGCGGUCGGAGAACCUGCCCGAAAGGAGGCCAGGUCGGCCCACCUGCCGCCGCUCCAAAGGCAACGUGA